UUGAAGCUUAAAAAAGUGCACCGCGUAUUGGAAUUUGAUCAGUCUCCAUGGUUGAAGCAGUACAUUGAUUUUAAUACACAGAAACGAACAAAUGCUAAAAAUGCUUUCGAAAAGGACGUUCUUAAACUCCUAAAUAAUAGCAUCUAUGGAAAAACAUGCGAAAACUUACGCAAGAGAGUUGACGUGAGGUUAGUAGCAGAUCAAAAGAAGUUGUCUAAAUUAGUAUCCAAGCCAACAUUUGUUAACAGUAAAAUAUUCAAUGAAAACUUAGUAGCGGUACAUAAGAUAAAAGAAUGUUUGACUCUAGACAGACCGGCCUACAUCGGAAUGUGUAUUCUUGAUUUAAGCAAAGUACUAAUGUACGACUUUCAUUAUAAUUAUAUUAAACAAAAAUAUAGUGACAGAGCUAAAUUAUUGUUUACAGACACAGAUAGCUUAUGUUAUAAGAUCCAGACAGAGGACGCUUACAAAGACGUUUGGAUUGAUAGAGAUAAGUUUGACAACAGUGAUUAUGAUAAAAGUAGUUCAUUCUUUGAUGCUAAUAAUAAGAAAGUUAUUGGUAAGAUGAAGCAUGAGGCAGCCGGUGUUCCCAUUACUGAAUUUGUUGGGCUUCGCAGUAAGAUGUAUUCUUACGUCAAAGAAGGCGGUAAAAACGAAAAAACAGCAAAGGGUAUUAGAAAGUAUGUCAUAUGA